UGUCACUGUGUCCGCCGCGGAGAGACAGACAGCUGCAGACCGCCGCGGCAUGUGGACCAGGGCUAGGGGGUGCGUCCGUUUGACCAGCAUCGAUUUCGAGUCGACAGUCGGGGACAAGCAUUCAGCACAGUGGCAGUAUUUAGGUGACACGGCCCCCUUGGACAGCGAAGGGUGAAAUGAGAACAGUGGAUAUUGUUUGUAGGCACCGCGAAGUAGAAGAAGGGAAGUCACCCAAAAGCUGUUGACAUGAAGAAAGACAUAGACACAUUGAUAGCAGAGGAACGAGCUGAAAUCAUCUCUAAAUAUGACAAGGGCAGGCAGGAGGGGGUCAACAUUGACCCUUGGGAGGAUGCUGACUACAGCAUCUACAAGGUCACUGACCGCUUCGGCUUCCUGCAUGAGGAGGAACUGCCAACACCCAGUGCGCUUGAAGAGAAGCAUAAGCAGCAGGAGAUAGAGCGAGUGGAGAAAUGGCUCAAAAUGGUGAAGAAGUGGGACAAGUACAAGAACAGUGAAAAAUUGAUGAAGCGUGUGUAUAAAGGCAUCCCUCUGCAGCUGAGAGGCCAGGCCUGGGCCUUGCUUCUUGACAUAGAGAAAGUCAAAGAAGAAAAUGUUGGAAAAUAUGAGAGAAUGAAGUUGCAGGCUCGUAGCUUCUCCACUGAGAUCAAACAGAUCGACUUGGACGUCAACCGAACCUUCAGGAACCACAUCAUGUUCAUGGACCGCUUUGGAGUCAAGCAGCAGGCCCUGUUUCACGUACUAGCAGCCUACUCUGUCUACAACACGGAAGUGAGCUACUGCCAGGGGAUGAGUCAGAUAGCUGCCAUCUUGCUCAUGUACCUGAAUGAGGAAGAAGCCUUCUGGGCUCUGUCGCAGCUCCUCACCAACAGCAAGCAUGCCAUGCACGGGUUUUUUAUCCCGGGAUUUCCUAAGCUGCACCGUUUCCAGGCCCACCAUGAGCUGAUCCUCUCCAAAAUGCUCCCGAAGCUGAAGAAACACCUGGACAAGGAGCAGAUGACAACAGGGAUUUACACCACCAAAUGGUUUCUGCAGUGCUUCAUUGACAGAACCCCGUUCACCCUCACCCUGCGUUUAUGGGAUAUCUACAUAAUGGAGGGAGAGAAGACGCUGAGCGCCAUGGGUUACACAACCCUCAAGUUACACAAGAAGCGCCUGCAGAAGCUUCCGAUGGAGGACCUGAGGGAGUUUAUCCAGGAGCAGCUGGAGGUUUCCUUCUUCCUGCCUGAUGAUGUUGUGAUUGAACAGCUCCAGGCUUCUAUGUCUGAACUUCGCAGUAAAAAGCUGGACCAACCUCCUCCAGCCAAAUCAGAGGAGCUGCCAAAGAAACCUCUGGGUCAAGAGAGACCGGUCGUCCUCCUGCCUCUACAGCCUGACUCUCCUCUGGAGGUCAAAAUAAAUCUGCAACCUCAGACCCCCCCAACCAAAGAGGCCCAGCAGAUUGACAGCAUCACCCGCCAGCAGACCCCGUCUCCUGCAGACUUGACGACAACUCCUCUGCCUUCACCUGACCCUGUUGUAGUCCACACACAACGAACGCCUUCUCCGAUAAGGCCUUGCCGGAAACCUCCGCUACCUCCAAAAGCAGACAAACACUGUGCUGAGGUUGAGCCGGACACGCUUCCGGGGGUAAGACAGACCAAACAUGUUGGAAAUGUUCAGAGCCAGCCUGGAGACUCCCGGACCCAGGAGGAGCCUGUGGACUGGCCUCCACCCUAUGAGCCCCCUGCUUUUGAAGCUGUGCAGACUGGUGAUGAGAUCCUGGACCUCCCAGACCUGCCACCUCCACCUUUCUUCUACACCGAGCAGAAUGAUGGUGGAUCUCCCUGCCCGGCUGUUGCAGAGACUGCAAGGCGCUGCCCUUCCCCCCGCUCACCACUGGUCACUCAGACGAAGCCAAAACCAUGCCCGAAGCCACCCACCUCUCUUGACCUCACACAGAGAAAACCCCCUCCCUCGAAGCCUUCCACUACCCGUGCCUUCACCACAUCCUCCACUUCCUCUCCCAGACCUCCCCCAAAGCCAACCAAGUUCCCUGUCUCUCUCUACGUCCCGGUGCCAGCAGGGGACCGGCGCCCCUCCAACACCUCCCAGUACGACAACCUUUCUGAGGCCGACGAGGACGACCGCUACCUGGAGAGGCUGCUGGGCUCAACACCUGAGGAAGGUCAAGGCAUUCCCCCCCACACCACAAACAGAGACUAUGACCCCACUCUCUACUCUCCACCUCCUGCGUUCAUCCCUCCCUCACCUUCUCUUGUUCCUCCCCCGCUGUGCGCCCUCCCCAGUUUGCCUCAGGAGCCAGAGUACGAAGGGGAGGACAGCUGGGUGCAGGACUCCAUCAUCCCCCCUCCCCCUGCUAGUUUUGCUGACCGGCUCACUCCCUUCCAGUGUGGCGCUGCCAGCUGCUCAGACACACACAGAGCCGCCUCACCCAGUUACUCUAAGCCUUUCUCUCGGGGCCCCAGGGACCAUUCUGCUUUUCCAGCACCACUGUUGUACACAGGGUCCCCACCAGGCCACUCCAGAGCCUCAGGACAGUCUGCCGUAGGGGGGGACCUGGUCCGAUCCAGCCCAGACUUUUGCAGGAUGCCUCCAGGUGGACAGCAACUGCCCAAAUCAGUGACCUUUUGAAGUCUCCUUUAAGUGUUUCUGAUGCAUGCUGAUAGGAUUCAGACUGUCUGUCAAUGCUUGAUUUGUUUUUAAAGCGGUUAAAAGGCCAGUAACUAUUGAGUGUGUCAAAGAUUUGUGUGUGUUUGUGUGAAAGGACUUUUUUUUCAUCGAUUUGUACAGAUUUAUGUAAUACUGUCACCUUUUUUUGUAAGGGCAGGUAACUUUUGCUGAGUUUCAAACCUCUAUUUAAAACUGCUGUCCAUGUUACUGUUUGCUGCACAAAAAGCGACUGUUUUCUCGCCUGCUCUUGCCAGUGUGUGAGACCAGAUUCAGUCUUCAAUUUGAUGGGUGAUUAUAAAAAAUGUACGCAGAUAUAAGGGGAUCUACUGUUAUACCAGCUUUGAAAUACCACCGGUGCUUCAUCUGCAGUUAGUUUCAUUUUGUUCCAACAUAAGUGUCUUAACCUGACUGCAGAGCAACUCUAACACAAGGGCUUCUGAGGCUGCAGAGUAAUGUCAUCUUUGCUGAAGCACCCAAAUCCUAUACAUUUUUACUGCAUUGUUUGGUCAACUGUGAGCAGGCUCACAACUGUAAUGAGUAAUUGUAAAUACCAGUUUCUUUACAGUUGCUUCGAUACUUGAUAAAAAAGGACUUCUUACAUCAAAGAUAAAGUUGUAACCACCAGCAACAGGGAAGACAAGGUGCAAUAUGUCACUGGUGUAAAUACAGAAGCUAGUUUCAUUCUCAAGAAAACUGAUUGGGUCUUUUUUUUCCCUACACAUGAUGCAGUGGCUUCUCUGCUGCUUUUUUUAUUUUAAAAUAGUAGGAUGACCAAUUUAAAGAAGUGGUUUCAGUGCUAUAUCUCUCCGUCUGAUUUCACAGCAACAAUGUACUGUUUCAUGUGAUUAUACAUGCAAAGCUAAAGAAGAGGGAAAUAUGAGACUUAACGGGAGGAUGUUAUGAAUGCAUCAUUAUCAGCACAAACAGUAAAAAUCCAUGUCACAAUAUUUAUUAAGAGUAGCUCCAUCUAGUGGUCGGAAGUGUUACAGUAACUGGCUUUACAAUGAAGUCCUUGCAAGUGAUGAGAGACUUAAAAUUAAUUCUGAUAAUGACAUAGUGCUACCUAAAGGCUUAUUUAUGAAUGUGCACAUGGUAAGGUAGAUUUAAGAACAAAAGGACAGAGACCAUUUUACACUGUUCUAUUCUGCCAAGGGCCAGGGAAAGAAGCACAUGAUUCAAAGCUGAUUUCAUUCAGUUGCACAGCCAUAUUUUAGAGCCAUAUUUGUAGAAACUGUGCUGUCAAUUUGUUUUCUACGGAAAAAGUUAUUGAGGAAUGGAAGUUGAGCCAUAUCAUACUUUACAAGGACCUAAUAUUCAAAAUGUUUAUAUAGUUUCAUGCAGUUAUAUAUUAUAUUCUAUGUCGUCUGUUGUGUUUUUUUGCACUGACCUUUACCAAGAGGUGUAGUAAUUCUCUGUAAGUAUUGCGAUGAUUUAUAAUGGAGUUCCAGGUUACUGCUAAACAAUAAUUUCCAUCUUGUGCUGUUACCACAUGUUUUACAGUUUGUUCAUUAGCUUUGGUCUCACUUCUACGUUUCUCAGUCAUGUCACCUGACCACCGUUUGCAACAUCACUGCUACUUUUAUAGACCUGGUUAACAUCAGUGAUGGCAAGGGCUCAGACCAAAGCUUAUGUACAUUUAUGCAACUUCUUAUUUGAGUUUUAUAAAGAGAUAAACCUUA